GGGAAGCAGGAACCGACUCCACCAGACUGUACAAUGAGCUCUCUGCUGCGGCGCUCCGCGCUCCGCUGCCUGGACACAGUUCUCACUCCAUAUUCAGCUUCUGCUAAUAAAGUCGUGACACAAGCAACAACUUUGCCUCACCUGUAUUACUUGAGAAAAACGAUGCACUAUCAAACGGAGCAGAGAGGACAGCCGAAUUCUCCCGACUACCGCAUUUAUUUUAAAACCUUGGAAGGAAAAUACAUUUCACCAUUCCACGAUAUCCCACUUGUUGUGGAGUCCGAACAGGAUAAUGGCGUGCCCGCUAAAAAGCUCAAGAAUGAAAAUGAGGUGCUCUAUAACAUGGUGGUGGAGGUACCUCGAUGGUCAAAUGCUAAAAUGGAGAUUGCAACAAAGGAACCGCUGAAUCCCAUCAAACAAGAUAUGAAGAAAGGAAAGCUGCGAUAUGUUGCCAACAUUUUUCCCCAUAAAGGUUACAUUUGGAAUUACGGAGCACUACCACAGACGUGGGAGGACCCAGGUCAUGAAGAUAAAGACACAAACUGCUGCGGUGACAAUGAUCCGAUUGACGUUUGUGACAUCGGAACCCAGGUGUGCUCCCCGGGCCAGGUGAUCCAAGUUAAAGUGCUCGGCAUCUUGGCCAUGAUCGACGAGGGAGAAAUGGACUGGAAGGUCAUCGCCAUCAAUGCUGAAGACCCUGAUGCCAAGAACUUAAAUAGUAUAGAGGAUGUCCGCAAGACCCGACCGGGUCAUUUAGAGGCCACCGUUGACUGGUUUAGGAAAUAUAAGGUGCCUGAUGGAAAGCCUGAAAACGAGUUUGGAUUCAACAGCCAAUUCAAGGACAAGGACUUUGCACUCUCAAUUAUCAACUCCACCCACGAGCACUGGAGGGCCCUUGUGCAAAAGAAAACCAAUGCUGGAGGGAUUGAAUGCAAAAACCUCUCUUGCUGUGAUAGCCCUCAUAGAUGCGGUGCAGAUGAUGCCAGAGAUGUUGUCCAAUCGGCGCCGGCUUUUGGCAAUGCAAAUCCUGUGUCUCCAGAAGUGGACAAGUGGCAUUUCGUCUGACGCCCCCCAGAAGUGUUUGGAAAAUGUCAGUACACCCUAAAAUACUACAUAAUGAAAUGGCAUCAAUCCUGCUGCAUCUUUCUGUUUAUUUUUGAUAAAGGCUCAGUCUCGGCUGUGUAAAGUGCCAUUUACUAAUUCAGCCACUACAGAUGGUAAUCACUGUAACACUAAGUAAAGAUAAAGAAUUGAGAUUUGUUUUUGGCCGUCAGAUUCUUCAGAAAAUGUUGGUACAAUUUUUAAUUUAGAAGUUUAUCACAGAAAUAAUGUCGCCUCCUUAAACUGUACGUUAUGUUGUUUAUGUCUUGCACUAUUUUUAUGAUUCAUACCCAGGCUGAGCUUUCUAUAAAACUUAAAGAGAUGCCCUAAUUUGAAUCAAUUUGAUUUCUUCUUGCAGCCGUAAAUAUUUUGUAUGUGACAAGAAAAUGUUUCUCACGUUUGGGUUAAUAAAAAAGAAAUAUGGUGUAAGCAUUA